AUGAAGAAAUUACAAGAUGAUCAGCUCGAUAUUCAAGAUGCAAGAGGUCAAGGCUAUGAUAAUGGUGCCAUAUGGCAGGAAAAUAUCGUGGAGUCCAAGCACGAAUUCAAGAAAAAAAAUAAUCUCGCUCUUUAUAUACCAUGUGCAAGCCACUGUUUGAAUUUGGCAGGAGUACAUUCUGCUUCAAUCAAUGCAGAAAUGAAACAUUUUUUUGAAACCGUAGAAAGCAUUUUUAAGACGUUUUUUUCUCGCUCUACAAGUCGUUGGACUACUCUGAUGAAAACAUUAAAAGUUUCAUUAAAAGGACACUCAGACACAAGAUGGUCUUCGAAAUCCAAUGCCAUAAAACCAUUGUGUACUCAUAUUAAAGAAGUUUAUGGAGUACUUAAAAAUAUGAUAGCCAAUUCUUUAAAUGCUGAAACUUAUUCCUCUGCUCAAAGUCUACUCAAAAACAUUAAUUUAACAUUUCUUUUCUACCUUGAUGUCUGGAAACAAAUAUGA